AAAGAAGAUUAGGAUCGAUCAGAAGCGGUGCUCUAAAGGAAGCUGAGAAUGUCCCACGCUGGAGCUAUUGCUGCCCUCGGAGUGGCACUUAUUGCUGCUGCACUCUUCUCGGCUAUUCAUAAGAUAGAAGAGGGGCAUGUAGGGGUGUAUUACAGGGGAGGAGCCUUGCUGACUACCACCAGUGGCCCUGGGUUCCACUUAAUGCUGCCUUUUAUAACCUCAUUCAAAUCUGUGCAGAGUACACUACAAACAGAUGAGGUAAAGAAUGUCCCCUGUGGUACCAGUGGUGGUGUCAUGAUUUAUUUUGACCGAAUUGAAGUAGUUAAUUACCUAAUUUCCAGUGCUGUGUAUGAUAUAGUGAAGAACUACACUGCCGACUAUGAUAAAGCUUUGAUAUUCAACAAGAUCCACCAUGAGCUGAACCAGUUCUGCAGUGUCCAUAAUCUGCAAGAAGUGUACAUAGAGCUAUUUGACCAGAUUGAUGAGGAUCUGAAGCUAGCGUUGCAGAAAGAUCUCAACUUGAUGGCUCCUGGGAUUAUAAUUCAGGCUGUGAGAGUUACCAAACCCAACAUCCCCGAAGCCAUCCGAAGAAACUAUGAGCUCAUGGAAAGUGAAAAAACCAAACUACUCAUUGCUGCCCAGAAGCAGAAGGUUGUGGAAAAGGAGGCCGAGACUGAGCGGAAGAAAGCCAUCAUUGAGGCAGAAAAGGUUGCACAGGUGGCACAGAUCAAAUACGGGCAGAAAGUCAUGGAGAAGGAAACGGAGAAGAAAAUUUCUGAAAUUGAAGAUUUUGCGUUUCUUGCACGAGAGAAGGCGAGAGCUGAUGCUGAGUAUUAUACUGCACAGAAAGCAGCUGAGGCCAACAAGCUUAAACUAACCCCAGAAUAUCUGCAACUCAUGAAAUACCAAGCAAUUGCGGCCAACAGUAAGAUCUAUUUCGGCCAAGACAUCCCAAACAUGUUCAUGGACAGCAGCUCGGCAGGGCCUCGCGUUCAAUCUGCGAAACGUAAUGAACCCGCAGCAGCUGAGGAGCUAAAGUAAAGCCUGGAGAGCUCAACUUUUUUUUUAAGAACAAAUCUUCAAAUUGGAACAGCUAUCUUUUUUUUUUUUUUUUAAAUUAAAAAAAUUUGUAUGUAACAUUCAAACAUAUUUCUGUAACACCUGCAGUUUCAAUGAGGUAAGAGGAUGUUCACUGUGGAUCUAUAGGAGCGAACGCUUUUGUAUUUCAUCAAGCGGAACAAACCAAAUUGCUGACAUCAAAGGUCACAGGUAUUAUAAAAUAUACAUUCAAGGUUUAAAGUAUUAUUACUAAAAGGCAUAUUUUUGCUUAUAGUGAACUAUAAAUAUUUGGCAAUGUUUUUAAACCUGUAGGAAAAGAAUUGGGCAUGCCUAGGCAGUAGCCAUCUGUCUAUAAACAAAAACUCCCCAAAUUACUCUCAGUUGUCCCCUGCGAGAAUCACCUGCAAGCAUCAACACUUGUGCUUUCAAGUGAGAAUCAAGAGCUGAAAGUGGCUUUCUCAUAGGGGACACCCGAUGAAUGUGUAACUGUCUGCUGUUUGGCCCUGUCAAACUGAGCAGGGAAGGGGCAAGAGAUGCUUCCUCUUCAGUAACAUGCUGAACGGAUAUAAGCUGUGAAAAAUCUGAAAAUCAAAAGAAAAAAACUGAAAUCUAAAAAGAUGUAGAGCUCAAAGAGCAGUCUGAUCAAUUUUGUGGUAGAAUAAAUGUCCCAUUAAAAUGUAUAGGUAAAGUUAAAAAUAAAUACAGAACCUGCUACGUUCAUGUCAGAAAUAUUCAACAUCUGUUCAACUAUAGCUCUCAGUAGCCUUCCACUGAUGUCAGAAAUGUUUGUUCAGUCACAGAUGGACAUCCCUGUUGCAAUAAAGGACAUCU